AUGCUUAUUGAUCUGGGGUUUCCAUUCAAGUUUGUGCAAUGGAUAAUGAAACGUGUUACCACAGUAUCAUAUUCCUUGGUAAUAAAUGGAGGACUGGCAAAGCCUUUCAAAGGAAAGAGGGGGAUUAGGCAAGGAGACCCAAUGCCUCCAAACUUGUUUGUUAUUGUAAUGGAAUAUCUGGGUAGAGAACUGGGACAAUUGCACGAGAAUGGAAACUUCAAUUUUCAUCCUAUGUGCAGAAAGUUGAACAACACACAUAUAUGCUUUGUUGAUGAUCUCUUGAUGUAUUGCAGAGCUGAUUUUGAGUCCAUCAAGAUCCUAAAUUCUGCCUUCCACAGAUUCUCAGUUGUCUCCGGCUUACAGGCAAAUGUCAACAAAAGUGCUAUAUACAUGGCUGGAAUUUCUCAAGUUAAAAAAUAG